AUGAGUCCUUGUACGUGUAUAAUAUCUCUUCUCGUCAUUCUGAUAUUCUCCAAUGGUCAGAAAUUCGGACAUGUGGACACGGAAACUGCUUUACAAAACAUGCUUUUCAAGGGUUAUAAUCGGUAUCGCAAACCUGUAUUGAAUAUUACCACUAGUGUUCCGUUUGGAAUGGUACUUUCUCUGUUCAGUAUAGAAAAGGUGGACGAGAAAUCACAGACAUUUUCAUCCAUUAUCUUGCUGUUUUACAAGUGGAGAGAUGAGUACCUAUGCUGGAAUACAUCUGAAUAUGAAACAAGAUAUCUUCGGGUUCCAGCUAAACAAAUAUGGGUUCCGUCCAUUUGUACAGCUAACGAGCUUGCUGGUAAGAGGUGUAUGACUUACGAAUCUGUGAAAGAAAACGAGGCUUUGAUUCAUUACACAGGACUUGUCACUUUGUAUCACACAACUAAAAGUACCAUUCAGUGCAAAAUCAAUUUACGGAAAUAUCCAUUCGACGAGCAGGAAUGCACUUUUGAAUUCAAAUCAGUGUUUGCAUCAAUACACCAAUUAGAAAUGAAUGAAGAUUAUUCUUUGGUUGAUACAUCAUACGGAACAUACGAUGGUGAAUGGAGUCUGGUGUCUACUAAGAAGAAAAUUCAAAGUAGACAAGGUGAGAAUAACCAGUCUUUGGACUACGCUCUGGAUUUUACAAUAAAGAUACGACGGCGUCCUACGAUAGCGAUUCUUACGGUAAUGUUUCCCAUCAUCACACUCUCUAUUAUAAACGUUUUCUGCUUCGUGCUUCCUAUUGCAGAUGGUGAAACAAUCGGAAUGUCAAUGGCUAUUUUCCUUACAUUUGCAGUGUAUGCUACCUUGUUGAGUGAAACCAUGCCAUCAUCCGCCAAUAACAUUUCAUGGUUCAAUAUCUACGUUUCAACACAGGUUAUUCUCAGCGCCGUUACAAUUAUCUUGCAAUCCAUUGUACUUCGUAUUUACAACCAGGAUCCGCAAAAUGAUGAGUAUGAGAGAGAAGUUGAUAUAUCUGGAUAUCGUCUGAAGACUACCACAGAAGGAACAAGGAAACAUAAUCCAGCUGUCGGGUCAAAAGAACCCACUACAAUCAAAACACGUAACAAUAAAGAUAUUGCCUUGAGAAUGGAGAACGUGUUCAUGGUAUGCAGCAUUUGCAUUAAUUUUGUGUCGUUGUGUCUCCUGUUUGCAAACAUUCUGUGA